GUGACAUCGCACUGGGAGCCCCGCCCCGGGGGAGCCCGGCCGGGCGGCGGGGUACCGGGAGAAGGAUGGCUCCGCGUCUCCUUCUCCAAGGAGAAGGCGGCAGGUAGAGCCCAGCCCGGGAUGCGGCUGCUUUCCCCCGCGCUCUGCGCAUCGCCGGGGCCAGCCCGGCGCGGAGGGGUCGCCCCAGGUACGGCCACAGCGCCCCGACACCCGCUCCGGCACGGGCAGCCCGACCUUGUCUCGCCAGGGGCCGAGCCUGGGAUUCGUCAUUCCUGCUGGAAAAAUGGCAGCGGCGUUGUGUUUCUCCGUGACAUCCCACUCCCCCUGAUGCACAGGCCGGUUUUCCUUGAGGAGCAGCAGAAUCCUCCCUCUGUGCGGUUCGUAGCACCGCAGAUCUCCCGAGUGCCGGCGCGGCCUCGCCAGCCAAAGGUUUCAUCCCACUUUUCUGUAAGUGCCCGGUGCUGUCUGCUCCUUGGGAUUCAGGAUACAACAAGGAAUAUCCCCAGUAGAACAGGUUUGUCGGUGAAGGCACCAAUGGAAAUGUGGGGCACCAGCAGCACUGAGAAGUUUUACAGGAUCCCUGAAGGAAAGGGACCACACUCAGUUGGAUGUACAGAUCUGAUGACAGAAAAUGCAGUUGAGGGAAGCUUUUUGCGCCUCUAUUAUCCAGCUUAUGAUGCCACAGAUAUCGAAGAGGCACGAUGGAUUCCAGACAAAGAAUACUAUCAGGGACUCUCUGACUUCCUCAAUAUGUACCGAAUGGUAGGAGAAAGGCUUUUCCAUUACUAUGUUGGUUCAGUGACCUGUCCUGCAAAGUCAAAUGCUGCUUUUAAGCCGGGAGAAAAAUACCCACUUCUUGUUUUUUCCCAUGGACUUGGAGCUUUUCGGACAAUCUAUUCUGCUAUUUGCAUAGAGAUGGCUUCUCAGGGCUUUAUAGUGGCUGCUGUGGAGCACAGAGAUGAAUCUGCUUCAGCCACGUAUUAUUGUAAAAGAAGGUCCGUUUCUGAGUCACAGGAGGAGUCUCCGCCUAACAUGGAGAAGGAGUGGAUCUACUACAGGAAACUGAAAACUGGAGAGGAGGAGCGUUGCUUGCGCCAUAAGCAGGUGCAGCAAAGAGCACAGGAGUGUAUCAAAGCUCUCAAUCUCAUUCUUAAAAUCAAUUCAGGAGAGGAAGUAACGAAUGUAUUACAUUCAGACUUUGACUGGAACAGCCUAAAGGAUUCUGUUGAUACUAGCAGAAUAGCUGUGAUGGGACACUCUUUUGGUGGUGCUACAGUUAUUGAAAGUCUCAGCAAAGAAAUAAGAUUUAGGUGUGGCAUUGCCCUCGAUGUAUGGAUGCUUCCUGUAGGUGAUGACAUUUACCAAAACAGCGUCCAGCAACCGCUGCUUUUUAUCAACUCUGAAAAAUUCCAGUGGGCUGAGAACAUCUUAAAGAUUAAGAAGCUCAUCUCCAAUGACACAAACAAGAAGAUGAUCACUAUCAAGGGGUCAGUACAUCAGAGCUUUCCUGAUUUCACCUUUGUGAGUGGAGGAAUCAUUGCAAGAUUUUUCAAAUUAAAAGGAGAAAUAGAUCCAAAUGAAGCUAUUGAUAUCAGCAAUCAUGCUUCAUUAGCCUUCCUACAGAAACAUCUGAGUCUUAAGAAGGAUUUUGAUCGGUGGGAUUCUCUUGUGGAUGGCAUAGGACCCAAUGUUAUUCCUGGAACCAAUAUUGACACAUCUCCAGCUGAACCUGAGUAAGGAAUACAAAGAAGGACUGAAAAUGCCAUGGACAUCAGGACACUAAUAUUUGUCAGACAUUGCUGAGACAUGUGGUGGCAUUAAACACCUACAAAGCUUUUGGGGUGUGGAACAAAAAAAAAAAAAAACAAACAAACAAAAGGGCAAAGCAUUA